GCCUUUCCCACUUUGCACUUUACGAUUUCCUUCUUUCCUCAGAAGCAUGCCUUACUUCCCGGUGUCGCCGACCAACAUGUGCAAGGUCGUCGACCUCAGCACUGCCGUGCCCACCAAGGCGGCGCCGCAAUGGCAACCGACGUGUCCGACAACCCACCUGACAGUGGCUGCCACUAAGCAGUGGCAGGCCUUCCGCAGUGCCACACCGGCGACCGACUUCACCGUCGCAUUCCAGUCGCUUGGCUGUCGCUACCUCGUGCUCGGGCUCAGCGCCGAGCCGUGCGCACACCAGAGUGAUGUGACCGGUGUCCAAUUCGACAUUCGCACCGGCGCCGUGCUCCGGUCAUCUAAGCAGUUGGUCGAUUUUGCGUCCGACGCCGCGUACACGGUCGAGUGGCAGGCCAGCGACGAGCUCGUCGUUCGCGUCCAGCUCGACGCAAAGACGCGCACCUUGCACUAUUUUGUCAACGGCCGCGCGACCGGCGUGUCCCUCCGCAACGUCCCCGACGCAUGCGUGUACCCGGCCGUCGCGCUCCGAGGCGCGGCCCUCGACGCGUCCGUGACAGAACUCACGCUUCAGUGAGCGCCAUCCACAUACUGAAUUAAACUAUGAUUUCCUCCUAAACCUAAAACGACGGUAAACACGUUGCAUCCUUUUUGAGGUUCUGCGUACUACAUCG